AUGACCAUCACCACUUCAGCCAAGGAUACGAUCGUCCUCCAUGGCAAAACGUAUAAACGGCCAACCCGCCCAACUGUGGUGGUUUGUGUCGACGGAUUCGACCCGACCUACCUUGAACAGGGCAUCGCCGACGGCACGCUACCGACCCUGGCCAGCUUUGUGAAGAGCGGCUUCCACAGGACAGCCAAUGUGGCCAUGCCCUCAUUUACCAACCCCAACAACGUGUCCAUCAUCACGGGCGUUCCAACCGCUGUGCACGGUAUUGCCGGCAACUACUUUCUAGACAGCGCCACAAACACGGAGCACAUGGUGCUAGAUGACUCGCUACUGCGCGGAUCGACAAUUCUAGCCGAAAUGGCUGCCCAAGGUGUGCGUGUCGCCGCCGUCACCGCCAAGGACAAGCUGCGGCGUAUCAUUGACCACGGUCUGGGUCUGGAUGUGACGAGCACACAGGGAACGAACUCUCAAAACAUAUGUUUUUCCACCGAGAAAGCCUGUGACGCCGAGCUGCAGCAGUGGAUCGGUCGUCCGCAGCGACCCGACCAAUAUUCAGGCGAUCUGUCGCUGUGUGUGCUCGACGCCGGCAUUCGUAUCCUGGAAGCAGACCGCGCCGACCUCUUCUAUCUCACAUUGUCCGACUUUAUCCAGCACAAGCACGCGCCCUGUACGCCCGCCGCCAGCGAGUUUAUGCAGGGUGUUGACUCCCGCAUUGGACGGCUUAUUGAGCUCGGCGCUGUCGUCGCCAUCACUGGCGAUCAUGGCAUGAGCGACAAGUCGUGCGACGAUGGCAAGCCCAACGUGUUGUUCGUGCAAGACGUGCUGGAGGCGCAGUUUGGCUUGCCAUCAGGAAGCAUCCGUGUCAUCUGCCCUAUCACCGACCCAUUUGUCAAGCAUCACGGCGCCCUCGGUGGGUUUGUGCGCGUGCACAUUCUUGAUGAAUCCCUCCGCAGUCAGGUGCCCGCCAUGGUCGAGUACCUACGUGGCCUUCCAGCUGUUGAGGCGGCGCUUCUCAAGGAGGAUGCGGCACGCCAGCUCGAGAUGCCGCUCGAUCGCGAAGGCGAUUUCGUGGUCGUGUCCAACAAAAACUACGUCGUCGGCGGCCGCGCGGCUGAGCACGACUUGUCGACUCUCGGCGGCCACCGACUGCGCUCACACGGCGGCUUCUCUGAACAGCAGGUCCCUCUGUUGAUGUCAGUCCCGAUUGUCGAGGACGACAGCACUCGCUUUCGCCAAUGGCGUAACUUUAGCAUCUUCGAUUUGAUUCUAAACUAUGGGCAGUAG